UCGUCGAACGCCCAUGCUGCGGCCGCUCGCUGACAGCGGUCCCGGUAGUGCUGCGACGCGAUGUUGAUCUUUUGUCUGCUGGGUUCCUUCCUUGCAAGGCGUUCGGUGGCAUAUCGGGAUCCCUUCUUGUUAAACGUUGCUGAUAACGGCUGGCACCGAUAACAGUAGCCGAUAUAUACGAGCAGUGUUUUCGCGAUUCUGGGAAAAAAAAAGCGAUGCCUUGUUUAGGGCUGCGUUCUUUGUUUAGUUGGUGAUUGGGGCCCGCUGUUUCGGGGGCCGUCACCCAGCGGCGGAAGAAAGCAGAGGGUCGGUUUCGCCUUCGCCUAUGAAGCCGGGGCGCGCGCCUGGCUUCGUCGAUAACUUGGUUUCGUGCGCGGUGCGUUUAAAUUGUGCUCGUAAUUAGUGAAACGGCGUGGUAGCCGCGCUAGCCGUAGAUACGGCUUGUCUGGGUAGUCGCGCUUGUUCGCGGCAUUGUUAACGCUGCCGCCGAUCACGUGCAUGGCAUGCUGCUGCAAGUUUACAAAUGAAAGUUCGUUUUGAAAUGGUUGCGUCUCUGCUUUCCGGAGUGCCUGCAAGGUGCCAUUUGCACUGAACAAGUUGCGAGUUUUUCGGAGAGUGAAGCAUUGGCGCGGUAUUUUUUCAGACUUGUGUGACGAAGCUGGGGCUUAAUCGAGUUAAUCGUAGUGCGCGUGGGAUUCCUUGUGCGAGCGUGCGAAAGUGCCGGAGACAGCUGUCACACUGCAAAACGCUAUUGUGCGUUGUCAAGCUGCAACUGCGUUGAAGCAGUCGCGUUCGUUAGCUGCAACUUCAGUAACACGUUAGAUCACGCAGGCUGGACUGGCAAACAUAUGUGCUACCGGCAACAAGGCAGGAUGGUCGGAUCUGAAGAUGAAGCGGCUCCAAACUGGGAUGGGGCCGCCGUGGGAGGCACCACAAGCAAGGGUGGCGGUGGCGGCGGAAAGCGCCGUGGUGCAAAUGGCGCGUGGAGCCCCCGCAACUGCUUGUUGGUGCGGGACUUUCUGGUUCCGUGCCUGGACAGUCGUUGCUACGGCGAUGACCUGCAGUGGUUGAACCGCCGCCGGGGCGUCUUCCUCAUUCGUUGGACCCACCAGGGAAGCAAGAGCUUCAACCGCGAGGGGCCCAACGUCUUUCGGGACUGGUCCAUCCUGAAACGGAAGUGGGAUGACCGGGACCCCAACAGACUCUCCAAAGCCAAGCAGCGCGUGCGUGCUGCAUUUCGCAAGCUGCCAAACGUUCGUCGCAUCAACGACGGCGCUGCUCCACACCGCAUCUACCGCAUCAAGGACAUUGGAACCUACUUAAAGCCAUGGAAAGAGCCGAAGGAGAAGAAAAAGCGGAAGAAGCGGCGGUCGUGCGGAUGUUUGCCGGGCUGCUCUACCUGCAAGCACCAGGAACAGCGGGUGCAGUCCCCAGCUGGCGUGGACGACGACGACGACGAUGAGGACUUGGAUGAACUGUAUGAGGACUAUGAAGAGGCCUACCCCAGCAGCAACGCUGGCAAGAAGUCGAGGUCGACGCCUUCUUCCACCUCUUCUUCUUCGGGCGUCUGGUCCUCGCUGCACUCGCUCACGGAAGCGUCCACACCACCUGAAGAAGAGGAGCAGGAGGGGGCCACCUCGUCGUGCGCGUCCUGGGGUCCCGACGACAUGGAGGCGGUGCAGGCGCUGCUGUCCAUCAGGCACGGAUACCACCAGCCAUUCUCACUGCCUCCACAGCAGCAACUGCAGCAGCCGGCCAUGGAUCCGCCUGCCCCUACAGCAGCGGUGACGCCGGCAUCAUCAGUACCAACCAUGCAAGCCCACCAGGAGGACCAAGUGGUUCCCAUGGAGCUAGCCAUGGCUAGCCCAGUGCCAUCAGCCGAAGACGAAGCGUCUUUGGCACCGCACAGCGUGCACGUGUUCAAGGAGCAACUGGCUGCGGCCCUGGCUACAGCUCCGCGCCCGGCUCAGCCGGACACCGGGACUGGCGACAGCCCGCACAUGUUCUGGGCGGACGCUGCGCCGGCCAGGCAGGGGGAGCAGUUGGCAUCGGCGGCUGUCGGGGACAGUGGCUUUGUGUCGGGCUUUGGCUCCAAGCCGAUAAAGUCGGAGCAGAGCGCAGAGUCCGCGGCAGGGGGCGCCACUGCAGCCAUGGCAGGCACAACCACGGCACCGUCGGGCUGGACUGACCACACAGCCUCCUCAUCCUGGCUGGACAGAAAUGAACCCACGAGACCUGACGGCUGCUGGUCUACAAGAUGACUGGGGCCAUGUGACUGACUAAAUGCGUGCUGAACGUGGCACGGGUAAAAAAAAAGAACGCUUCUGUCAGUGCGUGGACACCACUGCAAGUCGGCCAUAUCCAUUGACGUCUGAUGAUAUCACGGCGACGACGACUACACUGAUCAUUUUGCUCAGGCCUCGCCUCUUCUUGUUUUGUUACCCUAUGUCAUGGCAGUGUGCAUAAUUACUGCCCCUUUCUUACUCUCUCAAUGAAUUUCAUUGUGUACAGUAUUGUGCCCCAUGAAUCACGAAUAAAGGAUGCCAAAUAGUUUUUUUUUUUUUUGCAUGACAUGUUUUGGCACAUUUUCCUA